AUGUCGCGUGCUACUUCAUUUUCCCCGCUCAGAGGGAACCCGGUGACUGAGCCAUUCAGAGUGUAUCUUGAUCGUUUGAUUGCCGAUGACAUGCACUUCAAUAGUUAUUCCGAUCACCGUGAGACGCGGCCAUUUGAUGAGAUAGUGAUAUACUUUGGAUGGUUGGCAUGCGGAUCACGUCUCAUUGCUCCUCAUCUUACAGAGUGCGGCAUGCGGCAGUUCGACUACACUCAGACCAUUCUCAGACACCCUGUUGUAUCUGCUCCUCCUGCUUUGACACGUAGACAGAUGGAUGUCAUGUUUGAUGAUUAUGAGAGUCAUUUGGUACGAGAGGAUGCACGGAGUAUCAUAGUUGUGAACGACUGGAGUUACGUCGACAGGUACAUUAGGUGGUUCUUUAGGGUGUCACAAAUGUAUAUGGUACAGGCUGCUCCAAGAGAUCCACCGAGGUCAGCUCAUCAAGAGAUACUAGAGGAGGAACAGGCACAGUUACAUCAUGCUAAGGAUAUCUUUCCUAGAUGUAGUCGCAUAGUGGAGAUUGCACAAGAAGGAAUUGGUAGAAGUAUCUUCCCUGAUGGGUCUGAUGUGGGGAGGGUAUAG